UAUGAAGGGGUGGGGAUAAUAAGAAUUUUUUAUAUUUUGUUGAGAAAACGAAAAAUAAACAAUUUAUGAAAAAGUGUACAGUGAAAUUUUAUCAGAGAUAAGGUGGUACAAAAUAGAGAUAAGCUAUGAUUUUCAAUUUAGAAUUAGAAUAGAUUGUCUAAAGAAUAUACUGAUUACCCCGGUAUUCUCAUUUUAUAAUGUAAUUAUUUACCGACAGCCAUAAAUUAAAUAAAUUAAAAUGACAAAGAGUCAACUAUCCUUUAGGUUACGACAAAAUGCACCUCAACCUAUGCGAAAAGACUCGCGUAAAGAGACACAUCGCAAACCGGCGAAAACGCAGAUUAGCAAAAUAGAAACAAACAACACUGCGUUAUUGUUCCCUGCGGGCGAGACGGCUUUUAAAAUUUUAUUAUCGGCCAGGUUUUGUGCUGCUAUUUGGUCACACAUAUCAGACUGUGAUGAAACCUUUAAUUACUGGGAGCCGAUGCAUUACCUUGUUUUUGGUAAGGGACUACAAACAUGGGAGUACAGUCCAGAAUUUGGACUUAGAUCUUAUUUUUAUAUAAUGGUGCAUGCUGCUCCAGCCUGGAUUUACCAUAAAUUACUGCAGCCAAAUCCUCUUCUUAUGUUCUAUUUCGUACGGUGUCUCUUGGGUUUAAUUUGUGCUUUUGCUGAAGUUUAUUUUUACAAAGCAAUAUGCAAAGAAUUCGGUGUCCAUAUAGGAAGAAUAUGUUUAGCCUUUCAGCUGUUUUCUGCUGGAAUGUUCGUUGCAAGUACAGCUUUCUUGCCAUCCAGUUUUGCCAUGUACACAUGUGCUGCAGCUUGUGCAGCUUGGUGGCAACAGAAAUUUGCAUUAGCAAUAUUUUUUACUGCUUUAGGGUCUUUAUUAGGAUGGCCGUUUGCAGCUUUGCUGGGGAUACCCAUCGCAUUUGAUAUGUUAUUCAGGAAACAGUUGUACAUAGAUUUUGCUGCCUGGUCAGGAAUAUCAGCUCUAGUCAUUCUCGUACCAAUGAUAAUAAUUGAUUCUUUGAUAUAUGGACGUUUUAUUAUAGCUCCUUUCAACAUAGUCAAGUAUAAUGUACUGGGAGGGGCUGGUCCUAAUUUAUAUGGCACAGAACCGUUAUCAUAUUAUUUUGUUAACGGAUUUCUUAAUUUUAACUUUAUAUGGAUAUUAGCUUUAUUGAGUCCUUUAGCUGUGAUCUUAAAUUAUUUCUUUGUACCAUCAAAAAAUAAGAGUACAUUAUAUUUACCAUUUUGGUUGUCUUUAAGUCCGCUGUUUUUAUGGUUAACAGUGUUUAUGUUGCAAGAACAUAAAGAAGAGAGAUUUUUAUUUCCUAUAUAUCCAAUAAUUUGCCUAAGUGGGGCAAUAACUGUAGACAUAUUACAGAAAUUGUGCUUUAGAAUAUGGACUGUAUUUAAAAAAAUGCCUAUUGGGACACAUUAUUUGGAUAAAACAAUAUUUAUCAUGAUCGCAGUAAUGGUAAUAACAUCUUUAUUAGGUGUUUCAAGAAUUUUUGCCUUGUACAGAAAUUAUCAUGCUCCACUCGACCUAAUGAUGGAAUUAAAUCGAUAUCCCCUAGAAGCAAAAAUAUCUGAUCGAGCUCAAGUCAAUGUUUGUAUAGGGAAAGACUGGCACAGAUAUCCCAGCUCUUUCUUUUUACCAAAUACUAAUUGGAAUAUACGAUUUAUUAAAUCUGAAUUUAACGGUAUGUUACCCGCGCCUUACGCUGAAGGUGAAAAUGCUACAACGAUAGUACACUCAUACUUCAAUGACAAGAAUCAAGAAGAUAUAAGCUUAUAUUUUGAUCUCAAUAAGUGUCACUUUUUAUUAGACUUAGAUUUAGGUAAAGAAACUGACUUAGAACCGAUAUAUGCUAAAAGGAGGGAUAAAUGGAAGAUAGUAAAAAGUUACCGAUUUUUGAAUGCAGAAAAGUCCAAUAAAUAUUUUCGAGCAUUUUUUGUACCUUUUCUAAGUGAUAGAUAUGUAGUAUAUGGUACUUUCAGUUUGCUUCAAUCCUCCAAAUUAAAAAUUAAGUAACAUUAAUGGAUAAUAGACAUAAUAACCAGCGUUUUUUACAUUCCUUUAUUGUUGAUUUUAUUAAAUUAUGUUAAAAUGAUUAUACUUUAAAUAUUAAGAAAAUUAAUAAAUGUACACAUGUCAAAGAAUCUGAGAAAUAUAACAAUAUGUUUUGAGAAAAUGUAAGAUAAAUAUAUAGGGUGUAUAAUAGGUCACAAAACGAGGGAGCAUAUUCUUGUUCAAAUUUAAGAACAUUUUCUUAUGUACACAUUAAAACCUUUAUUUUUGAGAUACAGGAUUUUCAAAAAAAUAAAUUUGUAUAUUGAAUAUUUUCUGAACAAAUGAAGAUAUUGAAAUAAAAUUUUGAGUGCAAUAUAUAUUCAUAAAUUGGCAUUUAGUGUAAAAAAAAUUAAGUUAUUGGGAAUCAGUGGCAUAGAGAUAAGGUAUGUUGAUUAAAUUAUUAUAAAUUGUACCUAGCAUAUCACUGAAUUUUUUUUUACAUUUUUGAAAUAAUAUUUAAAAUGAAUAUAAUCUGUUUUCUUUCAUAGAUUUGGAUUUGAUACAAUCGAACAAUUUAUGUUUGACCUCUUUUUUGAAUACACAACAGGGCUUUAAAGAAAAAGGUAUCAGCAAAUUGAUAAGUAUACUGGAAUUUUUAAGAGAAGAGAAAAAAACGUGUGGACAGGAAUCAUAUGUAGAAAUUACUAAUUUAUAUCAAACCCGUAAAAUCUAUUAAAAAAAGUCAAGAGAUUGUUUUUGUUCAAAUUAAAAUUUGCAUAUCAAAAGGGAUAAAAGAAUUUUUUAUUCCAGUGAUGUACUUUUACUUUUACUGUAUUUUUGAGGAAACUGUAACCAGCAAACUUCAUAUCUACGCCACUGCUUUGAGCUGAAACUUAAUUUUUUCAUGUUGUGUGCUAUUUUAUUCAUGUAUUGUGUACACACAACUUCAUUGCAGUAUCUUUAUUAGUCACAUUUUUUUAAGUUCAACGCCCUGUAUCAAAAAAUUAAAGCUUUAAAAGCAAAUGUUUGUAUAAGAAUAUAUUUUUCAACUGAGACGAGGAAAUCUCUUCCUCAUUUUUGAUUUUUUGUAGUAUCUGUAUAAUAUACCUACACAAGAAUUUAUGCAGUAAAAAUGAGAAGAAAAUAUAUUUUUCAUACCAGUUUCAUAUUGAUAAGCAAGAAUCUAAAUUAUUUUAAACAUUUUCUGUGAGAAAUUUAAAAAAUGUGGCCUCAACUAUUAGUCACAUUCAAAAAGACUAAGACACAACCAUUGCAUCUCUUGUGUCUCCUAAAGCCCUACGAGUAAAAAGAAAUAAAAUGGACUUUGAAAUGAGCCAGCUUCUCAUUUAAAAAUUAAAAAAUUAAAUGUUUAGGUAAAUCAUAUCCAGUUAAUUCAUUGUAUUUUUUUAAAUCAUUAUUACAUAAUUAUUUGAUAAAAUAAAUUCAGAAAAAUUAAAAACAGUUUUGAAUUUUAUAUAGACCAUUGUUUUUAAAAAACAAUUAAUUAAAGUUUUUAUAAUCACACUAAUUUAUUGUGUUUAAUUUCUACUAUAUGGCUUUUUAAUCCAUAUAAUAUUUUGGAUGUAAAACGUUGGAUAAUUUGAGGAAACAAUUUUAUAUCCUUUGAACAUUAAAUUUAUUUACAAUAUAAUUUAACUGUUUAAUAUGUAGUGAUGUAGUUUUUUUUUGAGUUUUUAUUUUGUUACUCUUCUAUCAAAGU